AUGGCUGCGGCUGCUAUUGUGUGCGAGCCUGUGAGGGCUCAAAAAGAGGUCGCUGUCUCGGUCUGCGACGGCUCUGCGUCUUCUCUGUGGUGCCCUCGUCUGGUCUUGUUGAAUGGCCUCUUCUUGUCGCUGGCUGCUGGGAUUGAUUGGGUCGAAGGGUUCGAGGCACAGGUCAUGGAUGAUGGAAUGAAGUCGGCGCGUAGCCGACGCGUCUCACCGAUUCGGGAAGAAAACAACAAACGCGUCCGUUCCCGGCCAAUCAAAAGAGCCACAUCACAUGACUGUGCUCACGAUUGGCUGCUGUGCCCCCAUCCGAUGAAACUGGGUCAUCCCAACUCAUGUGCCCAUCAGGAGCCAUCACGGAAAGGAAAUCACGGAUAA